AUGAAGCUCUCGGUGCUUUCCCUGGGCCUUUUGGCCCUUCUCACGCCUCUGACGGCUGCGUGGACGAAAGAGGACCGUGAGAUCUUCACCCUCCGCGACGAGAUUGCCGUCCACGAGGGCGCCGACGUGACCUUCUACGACUUCCUCGGCAUCACGCCGUCCGCGACGCAAGAUGAGAUCAACAAGGCCUACCGAAAGAAGUCCCGCUCGCUGCAUCCGGACAAGGUGAAGCAGCAGCUGGCAGCGGAGCGCACCAAGGCGAGCAAGAAGAAGGGCAGCGACAAGAAGAAGCCCGGCGUGAACGUUGUCAAGCCGCCGACGCAGUCCGAGAUCAAGGCGGCCGUCAAGCAGGCCUCGGACCGGCAGGCGCGCCUGUCCAUCGUGGCCAACAUCCUGCGCGGCGCCGGCCGCGAGCGCUACGACCACUUCCUCGCCAACGGCUUCCCCGUGUGGAAGGGCACCGGCUACUACUACAACCGCUACCGGCCCGGCCUCGGCACCGUCAUGUUCGGCGUGCUGCUCUUCGGCGGCGGCGCCGCCCACUACCUGGCGCUGUACCUGGGCUGGAAGCGCCAGCGCGAGUUCGUCGAGCGCUACAUCAAGUUUGCGAGGCACGCGGCCUGGGGGGAGAACCUCGGCAUCAACAUCCCCGGCGUGGACGCCACGCCGGCGCCCGCGCCUCCCCUGCCUGCCGAGGACGAGCGGCCCAUGGCUAUGAACCGCAAGCAGAGACGGAUGCAGGAGCGGGAUGCGAAGCGCGAGGCGGCGAGCGAAGGCAAGCCGUCGCGCCGUGGAGGACGGCGUCUGGGCACGGGCAAUUCGGGCACUGCGACUCCCACUGGGGCAGCGAGCGGUCCUACCGGCGCGAAGAAGCGCGUUGUUGCUGAGAAUGGCAAGGUCUUGGUCGUCGAUUCCCUUGGUGAUGUAUAUCUUGAGCAAGAGGACGAGGAGGGUAACAUAGCAGAGUUUCUGCUUGAUCCCAAUGAGCUUCCCAAGCCUUCUAUCAAGGACACUGCGCUCUACCGCAUGCCAAUCUGGCUGUACGGCCUGACCGUCGGCCGUGUCCUGUACAAGAAGGAGCAGGGCGAGGACUCCGAGGAGGACGACCUCGUGGAUGACUACAAGGAGGUCAACGCGGCGGACACGGACGACUCGGAGCCGGGCAGGCGGACCCCCAGCACGGGCUCGGCCGACGACGGCUUCGAGCUGCUAGACAAGUCGGUCGAGGACCUGGGCAAGGCGACGGGCAGCCAGGCGCAGCAGAAGCAGGGCAAAAGUGGCAAGCGGAAGGGUAAGAAGAGGUAG